AUGAACGUGCUUCAGCUUAUAACAAACGAAAGAGCCGACAAUCUUACCGCAAGGCUCGUCGCAAUCAUCAUACACGAGAUGACGACAUGUAUCUCACGUUGGCGCGAGUAUGCCGCCUUGAAAGAUACCCAGCUUCAACAACUUCAUAUAGAGAAUCAGCAAUACAAAGCACGCAUCGAAGCGCAAUGUCAGACCAUUCACGCGCAAGACGAGCGUAUCAGGCAUUUGGAGUUCGACAUGUCUCCCAUGGAGCUGUCAUGCGAUACCGUGUCGCCAACAGCGUUUUCAAUGUCGCUACAAGACUCGGAGACAUUCGAUUCCGUUGUAGACUUGCAGUCAAGAUCUGUGGGCGAAACGUUCGGGGAUGCCCUGCAGGAGACGUAUGGUCAAGCAUCCGACGAUGGUAACGCAAGCAUUAGGGACGACGUUUUUGGUCCGCUGCUGGCGUUGGCAAUGACCGCAGCAGAGGACACGACUGGACGGGUUGCUGAAGUGAGGGAGUCGCCACAGAACGAGAGCAAAAGCCCGAUGAAGAGGCAUAUGGAAGAGAUAGAUGUUGCUUCGAAGCGGGUGCGUCAUACGUGA